UGUCUUCCUGCUGUGGCUGUCUUUACGUGACCAUUUAAAGGAGUAAUUGAUUAGCUGUUUUUACAAAUCAAAAUUUAUUUUCAAAUCAUCCUACACAUCAGCAUCAGUAGUAGUGGGGUCGACUUAUUAUAUACCACCGCUAGCCGUUAAUAAGGCGAUAAGGAUGAUCAUGGUAAACAUGAUCCGACAGCACCCGAAUCGAACCGGACUGACACGAACUCAGCAGGCGAACCAUCAUCACCAUCAUUAUCAUGGUCAGCGUUCGGAUCUUCGUUCGGGGGUUGCAGCAUCAGUGACCUGCUCGAGAUCUCGCCUACGAAGCAACUCGCUUCAGAGUGUGGUGAUCCUCUGGUGUGAACGGUAGAGUGUCCAGUAUCUCAUAGGCAGCCGUAGUGCCCGGAACAUACACAAAAUCUUCCCAACGAUUGGCUAAGCCUGUAAAGAAAGAUGAACCGAUUUGUGAUUGCGAUAGUCCUGUCGACGCUGGUGAUCGGUGCCUUGGGCGAAGCUGCUGGCCGUGAUGCUUCCGUGCGGGACCGUGCCGGCAAUGGUUUCGAAUCCGAGAUCCUGGUCGAAUCGUCCUUGAACGUGCGCAAGGCGAACCCGGCAGUGCGGCGCCAGGUGCGCAGCGUUCUGGAUUUGCUAGUGCCACCAGAGGGUGUGCUGUUGGUGCGCGAGAAGCGUCAAUUCGGUGGAUUCGAUGCGUCCAGUGCGCAGGCUAACGCGAACGCGUUUAACCAGUUCCAGGGACCGAACGGAUUCGGAGCCAGUGCGGCCAACGCUGGCGCUCAAUCGUUCUACAACCAGGGCCCGGGCGGUGGUUUCGGUGCAUCGGCUGCUAACUCGGCGUCCCAGGGUUUUGUCGCCGGACCGGGUGGAUUCUCGGGAUCGGCCGGACAGUCCGGAAGCCAGAGCUACAAGCUGCCCGGUAACAAGGAUGUGAAUCUGUCCUACAGUGGCGGUUUCUCGGUGGCCAACGGACAACCCAGCGUAUCGCAGGGUAGUUCGAUCAGUUUCUCCUAGGUCACAGCAACAGAGCCCGGAACGGCGUUCCUCUCGAUCACAGGUCACGCGAGUCAGACGAGAUUUAUUAAGCGAAAAUAGAUGCGGAUCAGCAUUGAAUAAAGCUUUUCAUGAGUACCAGUU